GAAUAGCGGCUGAAGAUGAAGCCAAAGACCCUGAGAAUAUCAAGGGGGGGGGGCGAGGACGGAGGGCGUUGCCAUGGAAACCAGGAGAAGGGGGGUGCAGAGGUGGGGGGGGGGCGGGAUGCGGCGGAGGAAAGGCCAGGGGAGCUGGCCGCCCUGAGAGCGGCCCGGGCACUUAGCCACAGAGGCGGGCGGCCGCAGAAGAGGGGCGGCACCCGCUGCGGGGGCUCAAGGGCCCAGGCCUCCCCGAAUCGCGGGGGCUCUCCCUUUCUGGCUGGGAGUGGAAUGGAGUCCCUCCUACCUAGAGGUCUCAAAGCACCGACGGGAAGACUCCCGGUGAGGUGGCCGCCCGGGCUGGGCACCGCUGCCUCGGGGUGCGCCUGCCUAAAGGGGGCGGCAGGGGAGGCCACAGUUCUAGAAAGUUCCCCGCGUGUGGUGGGAUCCCAUUGGCGGGACGGCCGCGGGCAGAGCCAAUCGAGGAAUACCUCCGGCCCCGGGGCCGCCAGGGGCCGCAUUUCCUCCUUGGGCACCAGGGCUGUUGGUGGGACAGCGCGGGUGCGGGUACCAGGAUCGAGAGAGCGCGAUGAGCAAUCAUUCGACCCCGCCCUUCGACCCUCGCUUUCCCAACCAGAACCAGACCCGCAACUGCUACCAGAACUUCCUAGACUUUCACCGCUGUACCAAGAUCAUGAAGAGGCGGGGCAAGGACUCGAGCCCCUGCGACUACUACCGCAAGGUCUACUACUCCCUGUGCCCGCUCAGCUGGGUGAGCAGGGGGAAGGGGCGGGGCUGCGGAGGGGCGGGCCCAGGUUCUGGAGGGCCACCUGCCUCAGUCCCUGCCUGCCUCCCCGCAGGUGCAGCGCUGGACCGACCAGAUCCGGGAGGGGACGUUCCCCGGGAAGAUCUGAGGGGCCCCCCGAAAAAUCCUCGCAGCCGGCAGACUUAACAAGAAGACUUUUAUUAAAAAACUAGUUGCAAACUGCCCGUCA